CGCACAGCAGCUGGAGAGCGUUUUGACCUCUGUUGGUGGAUCGGUCGGCGGUGAUUGUAGCACCGGGAAGUAGUAAUUUACCUGGAGCCCGGCUGGACACUUCCUGCACAUGGUAGAGGAGUAGAAGCCAGUGACGCUGAGGACAUUUCAAGAUGGUUGUAAAGAAGAAAAACGAGAUCAGCGUGGACGUGUUAACUCUUGAUAGUCCGAAUGUUCAAUAUCUUAAAACUUUUGCAGAUGACACAGAACAAAGCCUGCCUUCUCUGCUCUUCCAAUGUCUGCAGCUUCAAGAUGGAGUCCAGCAAAUCCACUGUAUCAAAAAGGUCGUGCCCAUCUUAGAAAACCUGCCCCCUGGUUCCUCGGGUACAGAAGCUCUCCGCUGCUGCAUGGAUGUGUUGGCUGAAAUGUACUUCACAGUUGGCGCCAAGAAUCCACUGAAAAAGGUUUUGGCGAGCUUAUUAAACAGUGUACCAGAGCCGUGUAGAAAGGACGCAGUCUCUGCCUUUACAUGCUGCCUAAGAAAGGACAUAGCAGUGGAAGAUGCAGGACGUUACAGGAAAGUGGUGGACAACCUGGCCUCUUGUAUGGACAGCUUCACCCUAGGUAGCAGCUGUCUCAUCGGUCUCAUUCCAGAAGUCCUUCAGUUCCUGGUAAAGGUCCUGCAUACAUUCCAGAGUCAUAACAAGAGAAUCCUGGGUGAUGGGCUUGCUCAGACCCAGCUCAUGCAUGACCUCCUGACGGCUGUCAAAUUGUCUAUGGUGCUGAUCCAGAAGUGCCCUGAGCCUGCGCAGGACGCUCUUCAGCAGGGCUUUGAGUGUCCUCUGUGGAAGACUAUGUGUGAUCUUCUCUGCUCCUUCUGUGGCAUCUUGCUGGAUGAUGAUCUUUUACAAAACAUUCAAAGUACCGCUGGCAUGGCGGUCAUUCUGUAUCUUAGGACCAUGCUUAAAGACUGUGAUAAACUUACACAUUUAGUUAACAACCUGAUCUUGCAAUCUCCGGAUCCUGCUGGUGUCCCAGACUGGUUUACGGCCUGCUGCGAUGCCCUCUGUAAGGAUCUGCCAGACACUGCACUCCUCUUCUUAUGCCAAGGAGCCCUGGCGAUGUUGGAAUGGAAAGAUGGGACUCUCGGCUGCGGAGGGGAGAGACUACUUGUUAACCUCCUCACGGUCCUGCUCUCUCUCCGUGCACGCUUGAGGGAGUCGAGUACAGCCUUGUUCCUGUCUCGGAUCUUAGCCCUGUGGACGGGUUCAGCUAUAGAUGUUCUCAGCUCCUCCUGCACAAGAGACUUGAGAGAAAACCUCAAUGGUCAUUCCAGCGCUCUUUGCAAACUCCUAGAAUAUGUCUACGUACAUUGGGAGCACCCUUUGGAUGCUGUCCGGCAUCAAGCAAAGCUCGUCUUCAAAAACAUCCUGAAAAUCCAUCAUUCAGCCAUGGCUGGGCACUCCGGAGGCGAUGACUCGUUUCUGUCCGAGCUUACACAGAAAUUGUUGAAUUUGGAGUGGCACUCGAAGGGGAAAUAUGCGUCGCUGGCCUGUCUUGUUGAGUGCGUGGGGACGGAGCAGCUGUUGUCCGUGGAUGAACGGAUCCCAGCCCAAAUACUAGAUGUCAUGUCGGAUCAGUCCUUUGCUCCUUAUGCUAGUAACCUAUUGGAAGCCAUGUUUGUAAACCACAUGAAACAACUUCAGGCCACCGGAGAAAGCCAGUGGAUUGAGCGAUGGCAGGGUGUUUGGGUUACACCCCUUAUCUUACGACUAUGCGAGGAGCAUGUAGCUCAGACCACUUACAUCAUUGAUUAUUAUUUACCCAAGUUGCUUAAAUGUAACCCCGAGAGUUUGAAUUAUAUGAUCGAAAAUCUCAAGACGUCAGCCUCCUCAAAUAUUGGCUCUGGCGAUAACCGCGGUGCCCUUGGUGCCCUUAUGGCUUGUUUGAGAGCUGCCCGUGCUCAUGGACACCUCCGAUUUACUGAAAACUAUGCAUGGAGUGGAAGAGUCUCCCCAAGCUUGAUACAACAAGGCCUUGUGCACAGGCAUGAUCAGAUCCGUAUUGAUGCCCUGGGCCUCCUCUGUGAAAGUCACUGGAGCACUGAAGUGGUUUCCCCAGAAGAAAUGAAUUUAAUUAAGUUCUUUCUCAAGUACAACCUGAACUGUCAGUCUCCAUCCAUCAGACAGCAGCUCUGCUACCUACUCAAGAAGCUUUUUUGUCGUGUGCAAGAAAGUUCCCAGGUUCUGUAUAAGCAUCAACAGAGCAAGAUCCUAAAUGGGUCAGAACACGCGGACAGUAAGGCAGACCCUUGUGCAGCUCUAGAGCAUUAUACGGAAUUCAUGUCCUCUAUCACAGAUUAUCUGUUCGAGUCACUUUUUCCUGGUUCAUCGCAUCCGACGAGGUUUUCAGCCUUGACUAUUUUAGGUUCCAUCGCCGAGACGUUCCCUGUUGUACCAGGCUCUUGUCAGACCGUAUUUCAGUUCGCUCGGUCGGUCAGCGGUAACAAUGUCCACGCUCUCCUAGAGUGCUUCAGUAACACCUUUGAGGAAGUGAAACUCCUUGCCUUUGAACUUCUGAGAGCGCUGCCCCCGCCUGUUCUAGGCCUCCAGGAGCCGGAGAAACUUCUGGUGCUUCUUCAAGCAGCGAUGAGUCUAAGCACGAGCACCAAGCACUUUGAUUGUGUAACUGCUUCCUAUUUGCUGAAUUUUCUGAUACACCAGGAGUCCCUGGAGGCUGCUCUGGGUCAGUUGGCACAAGACGGGCACAAAGCCGCUAAUGAUCAGCCAUUCGACUUUGACAGCAGCAGUUUUGUGGAGAGAAACACCUUUGAGGUUAUCCGGGUGCUGUUAGACAGCCUUGACGAUGAAGUCGUACAGGCGGAGAAAUCGUUGCUAGAAGCAGCAGCCUCCUUCCCAUUGUAUGGCCGCGUGCACUGUAUCAUUGGAGCAUUGCAGCACUUCUCUGUGGGGGACCUGUCCGAUGUGGAGCAGUGGAGACGACUUGUAUCACGGCUGAUCUCAGCGUCUUACCGGCUUUCUGCUGUCGUCUCGCCAGUGGUCCAUAGUUCGUCACCGGAAGGUCUCAUGCCAAUGGACACAGAAUCGGAGGCCGCAGCACAGUUGCACAUGAUAAUGAGUGAGAUCAAACCCCGGGACACGAAUGACUACUUCAGGGAGCCAAGAAUAUUACAGCAAGACUGUGACCUACAUUCCCAGGCCCUUCCAGAAGAGCGUGUACCGUCCGAUGCCCUCGGUGCAGAAUUGAAAGGAGGUGAGGGCGCAUCGUGCACGGCGCAGAUGGUCCUAGUUUGCUGCUGGAGGAGUAUGAAAGAAGUCUCCUUAUUGUUGGGGUUGCUGUGUCAAAGUCUUCCACUGCAGACCGACCCGGACUCUGCUGAGGGUCUCAUUACAGUGGCGCAGGUCAUUGAAAUGGGCGACUAUUUUAAGCAUCACCUCUUGCAGUCCAGACAUAGGGGGGCCUUCGAGCUGGCUUAUGUCGGCUUUGUAAAGCUUACAGAAAUGCUGAUUGGAUGCAAGGAGGAGAGCCUGCGCUGCCUGCCACGCCAAUGGUUAUGCAACGUCUUGGAGGAAAUUAAAUCUAGCGAUCCGUCUUCUCGGCUCUGUGCAACCAGACGCAGCGCUGGAAUUCCAUUCUACAUACAGGCCCUGCUGGCAUCUGAACCCAAGAACAGCAAGGCAGGCCUCUUGAAGAUGACGAUGAAGGAAUUAAUAAGCUUGGCCAUGCCUUCGAGUGACUUGAGUGGAAAUAACGGCACAAUCCCACAGGUUCACGCUUUAAACAUUUUGCGAGCAGUUUUCCGGGACACGCGUCUUGGUGAAAAUGUGAUUCCUUAUGUAGGAGAGGGAACCCAAGCCGCCAUUCUUGGAUUUACUUCUCCUGUCUGGGCUGUGAGAAAUUCCUCCACGCUUCUCUUCAGCACGCUGAUUACACGAAUAUUUGGAGUCAAGAGAGGAAAAGAUGAGCGCUCCAAAAAAAACAGGAUGACCGGGAGAGAGUUCUUCUCGAGGUUCCCCACUCUCUACCCUUUUCUCCUGGAACAGCUGGAGAUUGUUGCCAACACCGUUGACAGUCCAAAUGGGGGACUGAAGCUUCACCCCAGCUUGUACCUUUUGCUCCUUAUCCUCAGUAAGCUGUACCCGUCUCCCAUGGAUGGCACCUAUUCUGCACUCAGCAUGGCUCCUUUCAUCCCAUAUAUAAUGAGGUGUGGCCACUCACCAGUUUACCGUUCACGAGAGAUGGCGGCACGGGCUCUUGUUCCUUUUCUCAUGAUACAAGACAUUCCUCAAACUGCAGCAAAUCUGCUAAGGAGUCUCCCAGAUUCUGGUAGCUGUAUGGUACAGCAGAACCACAUCCAUGGCGUGCUUCUGCAGGUUUUAUACAUGCUGCAGUCCUUCUUUGAGGCGAAACACAUAACUAAUUCACAGAGGCUUCAGCAGGAGAUCCGUGACCUCAUCGACAGCUUGAAAGCCAAGCUUUGGCUUGCCAAGAGGCAAAAUCCAUGUCUAGUAACCAGAGCGACAUUUACAGACAUCCUCAAUACAGUCAUCAGUUAUUUUGGAACGGACAGAGACCAAGCCGUGACCACUGAUUUCUGGGAGGACAUCCACCAUGUUAUUGAAGACUGUGAGCUGAUUGAAGAGGCAGAACACACUGCUGCAGUUCCUGGAUUUAUUCUGUAUCUGAAAAGUGUUACCAGCCUCAUUUUAUCAAUGCUAAAUAUCCACAUGGAAGGUCCAAAUGUUGGUUGGGUUGGUCCUGCCAAGAAGUUGAAUCCAGCUGGCCUGGUGGAGAGAAUGCUGGGGUCAGAAUACCAUGAAGUACGUUUGCUGACUCUGGAGUCUCUGUUACGAUGGAUGAAGCAAAGCCAUGGAGAUGCCUACUUGUCUGAUGAAGUCCAGAAGGUUCUUCUAGAGAUGAUAAUGAAGGAAAAAAAUGUAGAAUGCCUACGCCAGGUGCUGAGCAUCCUGUAUGAAAUGAAUGUCGAGAAAAUAUUUUUAACUGCGAAAAAGCAUUUCCAAAUGGAGCCAAAGGAUUUGUUGAGAAGAAUUAUCAAUCUUGUUUCUGCAUCCAGCCACAGUGUGGAAAUCCAGAGCUCAGCCUUAAAGCUCUCGUCUAAGUUGGUCAUCAGUCUUGCAAGUAAGAUCCAGGAGGCCAUUGAGUCAGAGUUGAAGGACUGGGUCGCACUUGUGGUUCACUGUUGUGGAGAUGAACUCCAGACUGAAGUGAGGUUGGCAGCUGCCGAGAUCCUUGCAGAUAUUGCUCCCUAUUUCCUGACCAGUCCACGGCCAGGGCUAGGUCUGCCAGAUACAUUACAGCUAUGGAGGUGUGUAUCAUGCCUACUUCAGUGUGAAGAUCUGGAUGUCAGGGAUGCUGCUGCAGACAUCAUCCGUGUGUAUCACACUCAGAAAAAGAACUCUUCCGGAACAGGGUUUCAGUACUGCACCGUCAAUCCUCCCAUGGCUUUGGAUCUGACAUUUGGGAUCAUGUGUGAGCUUCUGCAGCAGUGGAAUCACGUCGAACAUGGUGUCACCGUCCUCUUAGAAUGGCUGCUAGGAGAAGAUGAUCUCAGCAGUCCAGAAACCACGAAAAUGACUGAAGAUGAUCUCUUCGAGAAAGGUGAAGCCAACUUUUGGGCUGAGAGGCUUGUAUACGUUAGGCUACUUUCUAAACAUCUCAAGGACCUCAUCGCCUCAGAUCCCCUCUGUCUACAAACGCAGGAUACAAACCUACUUCAAAUUUCCCAGGCAGUAUAUGAACGAUCAGGCAAAGUCCAGCACUGUUUCCAUGGUCUACCACCCACUCCCGAGUUCCUUAAGACUUCUGAAUACACCAGAUUACUGAUUCAUAAAGAAAGGACUGAGCGAUGUAUUCAGAUUCUGGAACUUAUUAUCAAAAAGUAGACUCAAUCAUAAGUUGGACAAGAUUUUUUAUGUACUGGCUGACGGUCAAGUACGGCUUUGACUUUUUAAAAGACAUUUCUCAGAUUUGUUUUUGUGAUGGCUCAGAGUCACCAUGUAUUUUACCAAAGUUAUGCGAAUAAAAUAGUUCAGCUUUCAUUAUACGUCAUUCUCAAGAUGUGUGACAUUUUAGAUGUGGCCUGUUUACUGCUGCAGCAACAAUAUAUCUAGAGCUCUACAUGUGUUUGAGAGGAUUAUCAACCACUGAGUAGGAGCCAUGAGUAGAGCAUGAAAUACGAGUUGCAACAGUUUGUUCCUUGAAAAGAUUAUAGUGAAAAACAGGAUGUUGAGAAGCAGAUGCAAAAGAUUUACCUCCCCAUCUAAUAGAAUGAUUGUAAAUUGUAGGAGGAUAUUUACGCAAAUAGAGCAAACUAGAACUUGGAAUUCGGCCCCUCUGUUCCGUUCCAGCAAAUUUCUUACAAAACUCUCAACAGAAUCCUGGCUAGCCAUGCAUUGUACGCUUUAAUAGGGUCCCAAAUUAGACACAGCUCGAACAAGUCCAUGCCAGAAAUAUGCUUUGAUGACCAUACAUCUCUCUGCUAAGUUCAUGUGAACGUGCAUGAAGACAUACGUAUGGUGAGUUCACACUGCUAGAGUUACACUAGGGAGAAAGUAGUUCUGUACAUUCUGUACUGCCAGGUGUCAGACACCUGUGGUCAGUCAGAUGUCCUGAACAUGCAUACAUACCAUGCAAGCUUAGUGUUACGGAAAGAAGAGUAGUGAGUGUCAGGGAGGACUCUCCUCUUGUG